GUGGGGCUGAGUGUCCACAGAGCAACAGGACAGGGGACACGACCUCAGAACAGCAGCGGGAGAGAGAAGGCUCACGAGACGCUCCAAAAUGGCUGCAGUGGUGGCCAUGUCUGCACCUGCCAACAUCACCUCCAACCAGAGCAGCUGCAAUGUGCAUAACCAUCACUUCUCUGCCAAGGUCACCUUCUCCCUCUUCUACACUGCCCUGCUGGUGUUCGGCGCCUGCGGAAACAUCCUGGCCCUCUGCAUCACCUUCCAGCGCAGGAAGAAGAAACUCAACUCCACCGACCUCUACCUGGUGAACCUGGCUCUGUCCGACGCCCUCUUCACACUGGCGCUGCCUGGCAGGAUCGCCUACUACGUCCUGGAGUUUAACUGGCCCUUUGGGGACUGGUUCUGCCGGGUCACCGCCUUUGUCUUCUACAUGAACACCUACGUGAGCAUCUACUUCAUGACCUGCGUCAGCGUGGACCGCUACAUCGCUGUGGUGCACACCAGGCACCCUGGCAGGACCCGCAGGGUCAGCCGUGCCAGGGCUGUCUGCGCCCUCGUCUGGUUCCUGGUGUUCCUGCAGACGGCACCGCUCCUGCUGCGGCCCAUGACGCGCCGGAUGGGUGACAAGCUGACGUGUAUGGAGUACUUCAACUUCGAGGAGAUUCCCAAGCUGCCCUACCUGCUCCUGGUGGCCUGUGUGCUCGGCUUCUUCCUGCCCGUGGGCAUCAUCUUGGUGUGCUAUGUGCGGAUCAACCUCAAGCUCUGCCAGACCGCCAAGGAGAACCCACUGACAGUGAGGAAUGGGCACCACCGCCGGGCCUUCACAGUCAUCUUGGUGGUGCUGCUGGCCCUCCUGCUUUGCUUCAGCCCCUACCACAUCAACAUCGUCCAGUUCAUGGUCAGGAAGAUCCUCCACCAGCCAUCUUGCCAUGAGCAGCAGGCCUUCAAGAUGUCUCUGCAAAUCACCGUGGCAUUCAUGAACUUCAACUGCUGCAUUGACCCCAUCAUCUACUUCUUUGCCUUCCGAGGCUAUAAGCGGAGGCUUCUCCGCAUCUUCAGGAACAGCGGCUCCAUGGCCACCUCCUCCACUGCCAAGACCCCCUCUGAGAGCAACAGCAACAGCCAGCCGCCCGGCUCCAGCUCUGUCUAACGUGACCCUCCUGUUCUCUCCAUCUGGCAGCGUGUGGACCAUUCCCUGCAGCAGCCGUGGGGCCGGGCCGCAGAGCAGGACCAGACCCCACCGCUCUGCCUGGAACCAGGGGCUUUUGCGCAGCUAACACAGCACCAACCCAGCUGCUGCCUGCAGCUCUUUCCCUGCAAGGAUGAAGAGCAGCUUGCUGCUGUCCCUUCACCACGCACUGCACGGGAUGGGUGGCAAGUGGGCACCAUGUGAGCAGAUCCUGGUCCCCUCUGUGGCACUGGGAGGAAGUGCAUGGUUCCCUGCAACAUUAAUCCACCUCACUCUUCCCACAAAAGGGACUGAUGGUGGUCUUGCUCUGCUUUGGCUGACCUUCCCUUGAAGAUGAGGACUGGAACAUGAGCCAAACCAGGCUGUUCCUGGGGCCUCGCUAAGGGUAGGUCACACAUGACCCUCACCAGAGCCAGGAGGCAUCUGGUUCCCAUCAAAGCCUGUGCAGUAAGGAAAAGGUUGGUGUGACCUAGGAGCUCCACAGCUCCCCUCUGAAUUUGAUGGACUACAGGGCUGGACACAAGCAAACCAGAUUUCAUGGUUUUGUACUGGAGGCUGGAAGGGACACAGAUAUGCACAGAGAUAUGAAGAGGAGGAAAACCAGCUUUCUUUUGCCUAACUUUAAAGCAGUUCCAUUAAUGAUACUUCUG